AUGCAUUCAGGCUCGAUUGAGGGCUUGGUGGUCUGGGAGCUGGAGGAAGAUAUUGGCGCAGAGGACGGAUCGGUGAAUGGUGGUCAGAUUAUGGGAGGCACCCCCGGUUCGGUGGACUUCUUGCCAGACAGCCGUCGUCUUCCGCUGCAGGCUGUCUAUGGUAGAGCGUACAUGCGGGAUAGUUGGCCUGCCUACGUUGAGACGAAAGAGAUGCGACGUAUGGGUCCUGCCGAUCUCCGCUGUCUGCCGCAGCGUCUCCUCGGGAUGCCACUACUGCACAUUGCAUCCCGGCACUCUGAGGCAAGGCGACACCAGAAUGCCAACAGCCAAUCGACUGAAUCGGCUCUCCUCGCCUGUUCGGGCUGCUGUUCAACCCUCUGGCCCGCCAGGUCUGACGCGGAUCAGAAGGCUGGCUGGCAGCUGCCACACAAGUUGCAUGCUGAUUUCUUUCAGUCCUCUGUCGAAAACUUUAUUCUUAAAUCUAUUCACUAA